GCAUAACUUGGGUGGAAGCCAGAGUUUGGUACAGACACGGUCUGAGGCAGCACACUAAAGAAAAGAGAGAGAAGAAUUGCAAGUAAUAUACAUAUGGCACUUUAUCAACUGAAGAGAGGAGGGGCCUUUGCUGGGACUCUUACAGUUCUUUUUUGUUUAAGCUUCUGGUAUUACUCAAUUCCACACAAGACAAUGAACAUCAAGAUCCCAAUUGAAAAUGUAAAAAAAGCUUCAGAAAUCCAGAGAGAGGUUGAUGAAAUCUUGAGUCAAAUAGAGAGCAUGAUAGCAAAGGUUGAUUUAUUGCAUAAGGACAACACCACCUGUGCCGAAAAAAGCAAAGCCACAAUUGUAAAUCCAAAAAACAAUUACUGUGCUGGGGACAGUCUGAUUGUACAAGUUGACAUGUUUGACUAUUUGGGUAACAGAAAAACAUAUGGCGGAGACUACCUAAGAGCAAGAAUCUCUACAAAAGAACUUAAUGCAGGAGCAAGUGGGAGGAUUGAAGAUUUUCACAAUGGAACUUACCAUGUUCAUUUCACACUCUAUUGGGAAGGUAAAAUUGAUUUGUCUAUUCUUCUCAUACACCCAAGUGAAGCAGUUUCAGUACUUUGGAAUAAAAGAAACUCAUGGUAUGGUAAUAUAGAUUACACUGGCAAAUUUAUGUAUCAAAAUACACAAACUGAAACCAAGUGUGGAUUUGAUCUCAAUAAAUCACAGGAAUUGUGUGAAUAUAAUGACCAGAGAGAUGAAGAAUAUUUUUACUGUAUGAAGCCUCCAAGCUAUGAGUGUGACAUGCUUACAGAGACAAGGAGCUGGUAUACUGGUCGUUCAAUACUGAAAGAGCUUGAAGCAAGCCUAUUUGACAAGUCCAGGCUCAGAGUGGAAAUACCAAAAGACUUUGAGAAUGUUAAUGUAACCAGCUGUAAUAAUAAUUCAGAUAAAAAAAACAGUGAAAGAUGUAGAAUUGGAAUGAAACUAGAAUAUCCCAGUGGACAUUUUAUCAAUAAUGUUUGGACUCCUCAUGCUUGCAGCAUGAAAUCUAACCACAACUUGGAAGAACUUAAUACGUGUAUGCAAGGAAAGGUUAUAUACAUACUGGGAGAUUCAACCCUGCGUCAGUGGAUGGCACAUUUUAUAAGUAAACUGAAUGAAAUGACGGUUUUGAACCUUUAUGAAGGUGGUUGGGCACAAAAGCUUUGGGGCAUUGACCUAAAGAGGAAUAUGAGAAUAAGCUGGAAAAGACAUGGCAACCCAUUCAUAAGCACUUCAUACCAAUCUUGCAGAGAGGACCGUACCAUUCCACGAGAAAUUGAUUUGAUUGGGGGACAUGACAAAACUGUGAUUGUUCUUAAUAUAGGUAACCAUUUUAGGUCUUAUCCAGUUCACCACUUCAUCAAGAGACUCAUCAACAUACGAAGGGCAUUGGUGCGUCUUUUCCGAAGAAGUCCUGAAACUAAGGUUAUACUUAAAACAGAGAACAUCUUCGCGACAACUAAUAGUCAUGAAGCAAAAUCAGAUUUCCAUGGUCUUGUUCACUACUUUGUAUUUGAACUCAUCUUUAAAGACUUAAAUGUUGGAUUUGUAAAUGGAUGGGACAUGACAACUGCAUUUGAUGCAAAAGAUGUUCACCCCCCUCCAGAAUACAUCCAGAAUGAAGUUGAUUUAUUCAUGACUUACAUUUGUUGAUAAACCUAAACUAUUCUCAUGCUGUAAUGCUAACAAGUCUGGGCUAUGACAGUAUUGUUAGAAGUCAUCAAACCAGCCCCUACAACCCAAUAGGUUGACAGGUUAGUUGCCAUGUUUUCAGAGGUCACCUAAUUCUAGGAGAACCUGUCUUAUUAUUAGACAUGCGUAACUAUGCCAGGCUGUGCGCAAGUUUUUUGAGACUUACUGUACAUGACUGUUCCCCUACAUUCCAAAUGACUUUGCCAAGUCCAUUAAACUGUAAAUAGUUGGCAUAAAUCUCUGUCAAAUUCUGCAGUAUGCACCUAUAUGUAUAGCGCACCCAUGGCCUUUAUAUAUGCAAUUAUUGCCUAAAGAAAACUUGAUAUCUAGCUUAAUAAAAAUGUGAUACAUAUAAUGCCAGAUUUUACACUAUUUUGGUAUAAAAAUACACAUGUAUGUCCCUCUGUGUGAUUUCCUUCCUUCCUGUAGCCUAUGAAAACAGUACUAGAAGCACUUCAAUGCAAAUAAUGAUUGAGCACUCAUUUAUCAAUUGUACAGGUGCAACUGCUGAGCAGGGAAACAAUCAUACAUAUGAACAGCAGGGGGCCUUACU